AUGGAACAAAGAAUUUUGCUGCAAGUAAUCGGAGAGCCAAUGUCGAUACUGGGACGUGAUCUUGGCGCAGUGUCAUCUUUAAAAAUGUUUCCAUUUAUUGGUGAAAAAUUGCAAGCCCGAUCCAUGUUAGUGCUGUGGAAAGGCUGCAGUGCUCAGAGCAAUCUGUCUGGUGCACGAACGAAUAUUGGAUACGACGAUUUAACCGCAACAGAACGUACAUGA